AUGGAGAACAGUCGUGUCAAUUUGAGCUCCGCAAAUUCAAGCCAAAUCUUGGAAAAUUUAUUGUUGGAUUUUAUGAGUGAAAGUGUUAAGAUACCUACAAAUAGUGUGGAAAGUAAAGUACUAAUUCAUCUCUUGUUUUUAUUGACGAAAGCGGUUACUGCUGGAAAGGCAAUUUAGCUCAAUUAAAGAAUUUCGUACAAAAUGACUUAAAGUUGAUCGGCAAAUGGUCAUCGCCUGGCGGUGAAACGAAGUUAUUUAAGAGCACCGAGAUUAUCCUUAAAUGGACUGGUCAAACUCGAAAGCAGCUGAUAAUUGAAAAAGACAGCGAAGUAAAUCUCGUGCCGAACACGCUAAAACGUUUAUGCUUAGAUACAGCAGCGGCGUGUAAAGAAUCGAUUGAUGACAAAGCUAAGCAAUCGGUAGCGGCUGCCUCUGAAUUUUCAACUAUAUGGGCGGCAAUAAAUGGGAUUCAAGACGUGGUGACGGCCGAAUUGGAAGAAGUAAAAUUAGCCCACGACAACAAACUUAUAAGAAUAGAAGCUGAGGUAUGUAAAGUACGAUCUAAUUACGAAAGGAACAUUGAAAAUUUGAAUAAUAAAUGUCAUGAAUUAUUGCUUUAAACUUAAAUGUAAGAAGGGGCUCGAAGAUAAAGUAAAUAAACUUGAUGUUUUGGUUGACAAUCUUAAAGCCGAUAUACAGGAUCUACGAAAUGAGAAUGGGUUCUUCAAAUUGAAGCCACGGUUGUUUAAAAACUCCACGCCUAAAGUACAACAAAACAACACUGGGAACAAUGACCUAGAUUUAAUUGGUACAAUUAACAUUCCUAAUGAACAGAUAACUAUUGUUGAUAAACAACCCCAGGAUUUAAAUAAAAAUUUAGAGUUAAACACCUCUCCCUCAGUUAACAAUAAGACUUCUCAGGCCGACAAAGGAUCGGUGUACAAUCCUCAGAUAAAUUCAGUUAUUGAAUGUAUUGAGGCAAGAAAUCAACCUAGAAGCAAUCCACCGAGAGGGCCACGUACGAGCAAUAUUUCCAAACGUAAUUCCGCUAUUCCCAGACAUCCUUUGCCCAAGCACUUGGUACGUUGCCCAUUUCUAAGACGGAGAGGCUUUUGUCUAAAGGGUCCCUUGUGUGACUUCCAGCACAAAGAUUCUCAAUCGCCUAAUAAUCCAACCAAUAAUUCGUCGAAUAACCCGUUCUAUUGUUCGUCAAAUAAUCGACCAAGAGUGUCCAAUAACCUACAGCGAUACCCUCAUAACUUGGGCUAUACAUCUUAUCCAAAUAUAUCACAACCUAUUACUAAUCAGUUUCCUUUUCCUGUGAAUCCAAGCCAUUUCCCCCCGUUUCAACCCCCACAGUAUCAUCCAAUUAUUCGACCAUAUGUAUACCCACCCCCUCUGUUGACAUCAAUAUAA